AAGAAGAAGAGGGAACAGGAAGAAGUUUUUAAAAAACAAGUCAUGGCAGCUACCAUUCAGAGUUUACUGGAGGAAAUCUCGGGUGUAGAAGACCCAAUUGAAGAGCUCCAGAGCUUAAAAACAGCUCUGUUGGCAAUUCCCGCCAGUGCUUUGAGAGAGUCUGUGAGCGGGCAGCGUUUGGAUGUGGUUUUCUCUCUGCUGGCCUCAAAUGACAGAGAGCAGGUUGAGCUGUGUGUGGACAUUCUUGAACGCGUCCUGUUUGCUCUCAGCCCUGUCCAUGUGGUCCAGAACUAUAGAGCCGAGCUGCAGGGCGGUUUGACGCAUCCGAAUGAAACCGUUAAGAUUCUGGCCUUGACACAGAUCGGGAGAGUGGUGGAGCACCCGGAAGCUGUUACAGAAAUUCUCAACGAUCAUGAUAUCUUACAAGCGAUGAUCCUCUGCAUCAGGGAGGAAAAGAUGUCUGUGGCCAAACAGGCGAUUCAUUCCCUCUCUAAGAUAAGUCACUCCAAGCCUGGCUUAGACAAAUUAUUCAAGAGUGACCUCCUGCAUGUUGUGAAGGAUGUGAUGGCAACAAGUGACACUAUCAGAUACAGAAUAUAUGAGCUGGUGGUGGAAAUCGCAUCUGUUUCUCCAAUUUCUCUCGGUUACUGUGCCAACAGUGGCCUCAUCUCCCAGCUGCUCAGUGAACUGACAGGAGAUGAUGUGUUAAUUAGGGCCACGGCUGUAGAGAUGGUGACCACUCUUGCUCACAGUCAGCAUGGUCGUCAGUAUUUAGCUCAGCAGGGUAUCAUGGAUAAGAUCUCCAACAUGAUCAGAGGAGCAGAGACAGACCCCUUCUCCUCACUCUACCUUCCUGGUUUGGUGAAGUUCUUUGGGAACCUGGCCGUCAUGGACAGCCCACAGCAGGUCUGUGAAGCCUACCCAACCUUCCUGACCAAGGUGUUUGAGAUGGCCCUCGAUCCGGACCCUGCGAUGACCGGAGUGGCCCUGGACACUUUGGGAUUGCUCGGAUCAACAGUCGAAGGGAAGCAGGUUCUGCAGAAAACAGGAGAAGAGUUCCGGACUGUGUUUUCAAGAAUGAGCCAUCUUGCCGGUUCUGGAGCUACUGAGCUUCGAGUUCGCUGCUUGGAUGCCAUAUCACAACUUCUGACCUUACAGCCAGAGCAUCAAACAGAAGACCUUUUGUCCUUGACAGAGUCCUGGUUUCAGCUUUUAUCUAACAAGCCCAUGGAUAUGAUUCGCAGCAUUAGCACACAGCCUUUUCCAGAGCUUCACUGCGGGGCUUUACAGAUCCUCACUGCCAUUGCCAGUCAACCAUGGGGUCAGAGGAUGAUGAUGGUCACCCCUGGAUUUAUGGAGUUUGUUUUGGAUCGUUCAACAGGCCAAACAAAGGAGGCCAAAGAUGCCAAGUUUGAACUGAUUGGGUCUCUUGUGGGUUCAUCCACAGCUGCAGAAAUACUGGGCAGUCAAAAUUACAUCCGCCUGAAGACUUACCUCAGAGAAGGACCUUACUACGUCACAGCUGUGGCCUCAGUCGGCACAGAAGGAGCCAACUAAGAACCUACAGGAAGCUAAUUAUUGCUUGAUUACUAGGUAAAAAUCUAGGUUAUGUAGUGAUUAUUCACUGAGUUUAGAAGUAGUUAGAAGAAUGUUUCUAAUAAAACCAUUUUUUGAAGGUUUGCUGGGUGAGAUGUAGGAUGUGUGCAUCUGGAGCUUUACUAAAAUGAAAAAAAAAAACUUGUUUUAGUUCUCAAAAAACAGACAUAUUCCUUGAAAAUGGAUUGCUGUUGAAAUCCCACACAAACCCAUCAGUCGCUGUGCCACAAAUAUAGUUAUUUUCACAUUGAUUCACUACAGUUCAACAGAGUCUAUACUGAUAUGUUAAAAGAGUUUUUCAGUUUAGAGUAUUUAAGCAAUUAUUAAGCUUCCAAAUGUGUGUUUUUUUCACCUGUUUUUCAUGCAGACACCACACAAAUUCACUUCUCUAUUUUUUCCUGCUUAAACUUGAAUAAACCUGCAACACUGAUUUCUUUAUCUUCGUGUCAAUAAUAAUUUGUUGGAAUUUUUUUUAAUAAAUAUGUGACAAAUAAUUA